AAUUCCCUGUGGCUUCACUUUCCUUCUUGUUGAUCUCUCUCUCUCUCUCUCGAAGAUGCAAGUGAAGAAUGAAUCUGCAGCUGAAUCUUCAGAUAUGGAGUUGAUGAAGGAGAGAUUUUCGAAGUUGCUUCUUGGUGAGGACAUGUCUGGUGGUGGAAAGGGUGUUUCUUCUGCAUUGGCCUUGUCAAAUGCCAUCACCAAUCUUGCUGCUUCUGUUUUCGGGGAGCAAACGAGGUUAGAACCAAUGUCCGCAACGACAAAGGAGAGGUGGAAGAAGGAGAUCGAUUGCCUCGUUUCAAUCACGGAUUACAUAGUUGAAUUUGUUACUACUCAACAGAAAUCAAAGGAUGGAUCAAUCAUAGAGGUAAUGGUGACACAGCCAAGGAGAGACCUUCUUUUAAGCAUGCCCGCCUUGCGCAAGCUCGACGUGAUGCUUCUCGACAUCCUUGACAAGUUCGAGGGCGAGCAAGAGUUCAAGUACGUGUCAAGGGAUGCGAACGAGUCCCAGAGAGGCUUCCAGAGGAGCGAUAAAUGGUGGUUACCUACAGUCAAGGUUCCCCCGGGCGGCCUCUCAGAAGGGUCGAAAAGGUUCCUUCAGAAGCAAAAGAAGGCAGUGGACCAAGUGUUGAAAGCAUCCAUGGCUAUAAAUUCCCAAGCUCUUACUGAUAUGCACAUCCCAGAUAGCUACAUUGAGUCUCUUCCAAAGAAUGGGAAAGAAUGUAUUGGUGAAUCACUCUACCGAAUCAUAACAGAUGAACACUUUGAUGAUCCUUUGCAAUUCAUUUCAAACUUGGGCUUGCAAUCCGAGCACGAGAUUCUUGAUUUCAAGGACAAGAUUGAGGCUUGUGUUGUGAUUUGGAGGAGGAAGAUGAACUACAAGGACGCGAAGUCCGCAUGGGGGGGCCCAUCUGUCAGCUUCGAGAAGAGAGAGAUCUUCGAGGAACGAGCACACACUGUGCUGCUCAUCAUCAAGCAGAAGUUCCCCUCUAUCCCCCAGUCCUUACUUGAAAUAAGCAAAAUCCAAUGCAAUAAAGAUGUGGGGCUGGCGGUUUUGGAGAGCUAUUCGAGAGUACUGGAGAGCUUAGCCAACACGGUGAUGUCUCGUAUCAACGAUGUUCUGUAUGCCAACUAUCUUAUUGAGAAGGCAAAGAGCCCGCCUGGGGAUGACUAUGCAUCAUCCCCGGGAUUGAUCACCGGUACUCCAGAGAGGGCCAUACUUUCCGAUUUCAUAAGCUUAGAUUUGGACCCUUCCGAGGAAGAGAAGGGGGCAGACACAGAGGCUUACUGCGGGAAGGAUGAAGAGAUGAAGAUCAUACGCCAACUCGCUAACAUAAAGAAGUUUUCUUACACUGAUACAGUUGAGAUGGCCGGGUUCAGAAGCCCGGCUCGGGGAUAG